CUCCUGGGGCUGCCAGCAGCCCGCAGUCCCUGCCCGCCCAGUCUGGAGCCGGAGAGGAGGGACUAGGAGAGCGCCCGGGCCCCUCUGACCAGCGGCACCAGGCAGCAGCCUGUGCCCAGCGAUACAGACAGACAGAUCCAGGGCGGCCCCUCCUGGCAGCCCUGCUCCUCCAGAGGGAUGCUUUGGGAGUGAGGCCACUCCUCACCCCCGUAGCCCCUCACUCCCUCCAUUCUCCUGAGGCUCUGGGAGCCUGCAAAAGUCCUCACUGCCCUCCUACCCUGCCGCUGCCCAAUUUCGGGUCCAGCAAAGUCUUUCUGAUAACAGGAGAGGGUAGGCAGCGAGGAGGUCUUCCUGGAGGGGGUGACAGCCCAGAGCCCAGGACCUUGCCCACACUUCAGAAGGCAUCAGCAGCAAGGAUACCAUGCGGCCUCCGAGUGCCAUGCGAGCUCCUGUCCUCGAAGGCCAGGUGCUGUUGCUGCCCUUGCUGUUGUUGCUGGGACCACAGGCCUCCUGGGGCCUGGUCAUCACACCCCCGGGGCCAGAGCUUGUCCUCAAUCUCUCCAGCACCUUUGUUCUGACCUGCUCGGGUCCAGCUCCAGUGGUGUGGGAACGGAUGUCCCAGAAGCCCCCACAGGAAAUGACCACGACCCAGGACGGCACCUUCUCCAGCGUGCUGACACUGACCAAUGUCACUGGGCUAGACACAGGAGAAUACUUUUGUGCCUACAAAGGCUCCCACGGGCUGGAGGCCAGCGAGCGAAAACGACUCUACAUCUUUGUGCCAGAUCCCACUGUGGGCUUCCUCCCUGUUGACCCCGAGGAACUAUUCAUCUUUCUCACGGAAAUAACUGAGACCACAAUUCCAUGCCGAGUGACGGAUCCGAGACUGGUGGUGACGUUGCAUGAGAAGAAGGUGGAUGUCCCGCUGCCCAUCGCCUAUGACCACCAACGUGGCUUCUCUGGUACCUUUGAGGACAAGACCUACGUCUGCAAAACCACCAUCGGGGACAGGGAGGUGGAUUCGGACGCCUACUAUGUCUACAGCCUCCAGGUGUCAUCCAUCAAUGUCUCAGUGAAUGCGGUGCAGACUGUGGUCCGCCAAGGGGAGAACAUCACCAUCAUGUGCAUUGUGACUGGGAAUGAGGUUGUCAACUUUGAGUGGACAUACCCACGCAUGGAGAGUGGGCGGCUGGUGGAGCCAGUGACCGACUUCCUCUUUGAAAUGCCCCACAUACGUUCUAUCCUGCACAUCCCCAGUGCCGAGCUUGGAGACUCAGGGACCUACAUCUGCAAUGUAUCAGAAAGCGUGAGCGACCAUCGAGAUGAAAAGGCCAUCAAUGUCACCGUGGUCGAGAGCGGUUACGUGCGGCUGCUGGGAGAGCUGGACCCUGUACAAUUCGCGGAGCUUCACCGCAGCCGGACACUGCAGGUGGUGUUUGAGGCCUACCCGCCGCCCACUGUCAUGUGGUUCAAGGACAACCGGACCCUGGGUGACUCCGGCGCCGGCGAGGUUGCGCUGUCUACACGCAAUGUGUCUGAGACCCGGUAUGUGUCGGAACUGACACUGGUGCGGGUGAAGGUGGCUGAGGCUGGCCGCUACACCAUGCGGGCCUUCCAUGAGGAUGCUGAAGCCCAGCUCUCCUUCCAGCUACAGGUCAACGUGCCUGUCCGUGUGCUGGAGCUGAGCGAGAGCCACCCUACCAGCGGGGAGCAGACAGUCCGCUGUCGUGGCCGGGGCAUGCCCCAGCCACACCUCAGCUGGUCUACCUGCAGCGACCUCAAAAGGUGUCCGCUGGAGCUGCCUCCCACGCCUCUGGGGAACAGUUCCGAGGAGGAGAGCCUGCUGGAGACGAACGUGACAUACUGGGCAGAGGAGCAGGAGUUCGAGGUGGUGAGCACACUGCGCCUGCGCCGUGUGGAUCAGCCGCUGUCAGUGCGCUGCACGCUGCACAACCUCCUGGGCCAAGACGUUCAGGAGGUCACCGUGGUGCCACAUUCCUUACCCUUCAAGGUGGUGGUCAUCUCGGCAAUCCUGGCCUUGGUGGUCCUCACAAUCAUCUCCCUCAUCAUCCUCAUCAUGCUCUGGCAGAAGAAGCCACGCUAUGAGAUCCGAUGGAAAGUGAUUGAAUCUGUGAGCUCUGAUGGCCAUGAAUACAUCUACGUGGACCCUAUGCAGCUGCCUUACGACUCCACCUGGGAGCUGCCGCGGGACCAGCUUGUGCUUGGACGCACCCUGGGCUCCGGGGCCUUUGGGCAGGUGGUGGAGGCCACGGCUCACGGCCUGAGCCAUUCGCAGGCUACCAUGAAAGUGGCCGUCAAGAUGCUGAAAUCCACAGCCCGCAGCAGCGAGAAGCAAGCCCUCAUGUCGGAGCUGAAGAUCAUGAGUCACCUCGGGCCCCACCUGAACGUGGUCAACCUGCUGGGGGCCUGCACUAAAGGAGGGCCCAUCUUCAUCAUCACCGAGUACUGCCGCUACGGUGACCUGGUGGACUACCUGCACCGCAACAAGCACACCUUUCUGCAGCGCUGCUCCAACAAGCGCCGCCCGCCCAGCGCUGAGCUCUACAGCAACGCCCUGCCCGUUGGGCUCCCGCUGCCCAGCCAUGUGUCCCUGCCUGGGGAGAGCGAUGGUGGCUACAUGGACAUGAGCAAAGAUGAGUCGGUGGACUACGUGCCCAUGCUGGACAUGAAAGGGGACGUCAAAUACGCAGACAUCGAGUCCUCCAACUACAUGGCUCCUUAUGAUAACUACGUCCCCUCCGCUCCUGAGAGGACCUGCCGGGUGACUUUAAUCAACGAGUCCCCAGUACUUAGCUACACGGAUCUUGUGGGCUUCAGCUACCAGGUGGCCAAUGGCAUGGAGUUCCUGGCCUCCAAGAAUUGUGUCCACCGAGAUCUGGCAGCCAGGAAUGUGCUCAUCUGUGAGGGCAAACUGGUCAAGAUCUGCGACUUUGGCCUGGCUCGUGACAUCAUGCGGGAUUCGAACUACAUCUCCAAAGGCAGUACCUUCCUGCCUCUGAAGUGGAUGGCCCCUGAGAGCAUCUUCAACAGCCUCUACACCACCCUGAGUGACGUGUGGUCCUUCGGGAUCCUGCUCUGGGAGAUCUUCACCCUGGGUGGCACCCCGUACCCAGAGCUGCCCAUGAACGAGCAGUUCUACAAUGCCAUCAAGCGGGGCUACCGCAUGGCUCAGCCUGCCCACGCCUCUGACGAGAUCUAUGAGAUCAUGCAGAAGUGCUGGGAAGAGAAGUUUGAGAUUCGACCCCCCUUCUCCCAGCUGGUGCUGCUUCUCGAGAGACUGCUGGGCGAGGGUUACAAAAAGAAGUACCAGCAGGUGGAUGAGGAGUUUCUGAGGAGCGACCACCCAGCCAUCCUUCGGUCCCAAGCCCGCUUGCCCGGCUUCAAUGGCCUCCGAUCCCCCCUGGACACCAGCUCCGUCCUCUACACUGCCGUGCAGCCCAACGAGGGUGACAACGACUAUAUCAUCCCCCUGCCUGACCCCAAACCCGAGGUUGCUGACGAGGGACCACUGGAGGGUUCCCCCAGCCUUGCCAGCUCCGCCCUGAAUGAAGUCAACACCUCCUCUACCAUCUCCUGUGACAGCCCCCUGGAACCCCAAGAGGAACCAGAGCCAGAGCCCCAGCCUGAGUCCCAGGUGGAGCCAGAGCCCAAGCGGCCGCCGGAUUCCAGCUGCCCUGGGCCUCGGGCCGAGGCGGAGGACAGCUUCCUGUAGGGGCUGGCCCCCACCCUGCCCUACCCGAAGCUCCCCCUCUACCUCCCAGCACCCUGCGCCUCCUGGCCUGGCCCAGCCUCCCAACAGCCAGGCUGUUCCCAUCAGCUGUCCCCUCUGGAAAGCUUUUGCCCCUGGCACAUCACACCCCGACCCCUGGGGCUGGCUUAGGAGGUAACAGAACUGUAGGGACCAUGACCGGUCCUCUGCCUCUGGAGAGCGUAUGGGACUCUGAGCCAGGCUUCUCCCAGGGGACUCAGUUUCCCCAUCUGUAAGAUGGGAAAGGUGGGCUUGGCAACCCCCAGUCUGGGAUUCUCACGCUGGCUGACAGAUGUAGAGGCUGGAAUCCCUGAGGAGAUACUCAAGGUUCAUGAGGUGGUAGGUUAGCUUUUUUUCUGUUCAGCCAGCUGCCCCUCAAGGAGCUGCAGCUCUCUCCUUGCACUUUUUCCUGCCCAAGGGCUGGGGAAGGGACCCUAGCAUCUCUGGCUCCUGAGCUAGGGCCUGGCCUUGGACAGUGUUGCCUCAUUCAGAAGCCACCUCCCCUCCAUGCCAGUCUUUGCUUUCCCAGGCCCAAGCUGGUCUGGGGCCUUCCAAGCUUAAUUGAUGCUGGGGGCUGAGCCAAGGACAGGACACCCUGGCCUGUAGCCCCUGCCCCAGGCACUUGGGGUAUACCUCCCCAUAACAUGCCUGUGUCUGUGUCUUCCUGGCCCCAUGGAUCCAGGGGUCUUUUUCCUCAUCACUGCCAGUCUUACUCCACUCACCAGAGUCUCCAGGGCCAGAUGGGCCCCACGUCUGUGAUGAGUGUGUUGACGUGCCUGCAAGAGGUGUCCACAUGUGUGGACCAAUGUGGCAUUGGACCCGCUAAGAGACCUUGGAGGAAUCCCUCGCCCUCUGUUUUCCCUGUUGAAAAAUGAGCAGGUUGGACUCAUUGACUUCUGGUGCCCUGCCAGCACUAACAUUCUAGAAUGUUCCAGGGGUUGCACACUUGCCCAGAUGAAGCAAAGAUAAACCCUCCAAAUCUCUAUCCCGGGUUAGUUGGGGUCUGAGGAGGUUCCAGACUACACAGCACACUCCGGGCAUUCAGGAACUGUGCCCCUUCCCCAGGCCCCUGGCAAGUCCCCAAAGGUCAGCUGCCCAGGCCUUGACUCUGAGUGACAGCCAGUGUCCUGGAAAGCCCCCAGAAGCUGCCCCAGGGACAUGGGGAGACCGUGGGACCCCUUUCAGCACCCACAUGACCUCCAGAGCUAUUCUGGGCAAAGGAGGCCGAGAAGGAAAGUCAGACCACCUGACACAGCCCACCACUCCAGAGCCUGCUGUCCAGGUCUAUGCCGCAGACCUAGAGGACAGUGAAAGGACAAGAAACCUUGGAUGGGGGACCUGAGGAAGGGGCGCAAGAGGUGGGUACUUUGGGGGGUGUCUUCCCACUUGCCAGCUGCCCCACCCUGAGGCAGAAACUGAAGAACAUGGCUUUGUCUGCCUGGGGAUGCUCACCUCACUGUGUCUGCCAGCCCAGUGGGCUCUGGAGGGACCUGGGGCGUGAGGGCUGUGGCCAAGACUGCUGGCAGGGGAAGGACUGGAUGGAGGGUGAGGGAAGGUCAGUGCCUCUGGGCACCAGCCCCCUGUGUUGGUUGGCACCUCCCCGCCCCAGGACCCCCGAAGCCUGGUCAAGGAGAGGGCGUGGGUUCUCACUACGGUACCAAAGAUGUAAUCCCCUAGGUUUACAAGUAUUUUUAGGACUCACAUUAACUCACAUUUAUACAACAGAAGUGCUAUUUUGUAUGCCAUCAACUUUUCUUCUCUGUGUACUUUUUUUUUUUUUAAAGAGAAAGAUUUUAAUAUUAAACCUGGUGCUUCUCACCCACAGA